AUGGCAGACACAGCUCCAGCCCCAGCAGCCGCGCCUGCGACAACCGGAGCUCAAACACCCACAACCGGCGCAGCAGCCAGCGCACCGAAUGCGCCCGCCGAUGCAAAUGCAGCCAGUCGCGGACUCCCAUACUACGAGAAGCUGCGCCGGGAAUUGCGAGACACAUUGCAGAAGAAGCGGUUGAUGGACAAGAGCAUGGCCCAACUCGAAGACCAAAUCUACCGCUUCGAACAAUCGUACCUGGAAGAAACAACCGCCGGAAACAUCAUCAGAGGAUUCGACAAUUACAUCAAGGGAUCAGCGAGCGGAUCAAGUCUCGGCGCUUCGGGGCUCGGACUCGGCGGCGGCGUUGCCGGUUCACGGCGCAAAGCCCAAGUCAUAGACUCGGAUCGAGUUUUCUCGCGCAGUUCGGCGAGUUACAUGAUGGACUCGCCCGGCCCAUCAUCCGCACAAACCACCCCCUCCCAUGCUGCGACACCGACAUCUGCGAGUGGUAAUGGCUCUUUCAGCAGGAGUAACGAGGCACUGACCAUUCCCACUUCUGCGAGCGGUAUGAAGGUCUCGAAUGGCGCUUCGAAGAAUAAGAAAAAGGCGACGGGUGGAUCAAAGAAUACAAAAGGGAAGGCCCAGGAUGAUUACUCUGAUGAGGAUAAACCUUCUGUGAAAAGAUUGAAGAUUAGCUAUGGACGGGAUUGA